GAGGACCAUGCUUUAUCACUCACAGAAGAUACUGUCAAUGUAUCUGAAAACCCCUCAAAAGGGGAUUUGCAGAGCUUUCCAGAGAAAUUGUACUCCCAGUUUUUGAGUGAACUUUCCUGUUACCCGAUGGGAGGGUUGGCGAGUCAGAUCUUUUCUGAAGGACUGGCAGGUGGUUGUGGCUAUCAAGGGGGCUGUCUGUGGACGGAUGCUGUUGCGAAAGAUGUGGUAGAAGAUGAGCAGAUACUCAGUGACAACCUGCACAGUGAGCCACAGGACUUAGAGAUCGCCUUGUUUUGGAUGGAAAAGCCCCCUUAUCAGCUACCAGUGGCAGAAGAUGGUGUUAUUUGGGGAUGGCAAAACAGAGGUGGACAGUUAGUACCAACAGCCAAGGUUUCAGAGCUAAACCCUAAUGCAGAAGUAUGGGGGACUCAUAUGUCACGUUUGGAAGGCAGUAGUACAGCGGAUGGCGGUGUGAGUGCAGCGUGGGAGGAGACGCCCGGCCAGCGCACAGACUGUGGCCAGGAGGGAUUGGAUGCCAACGGUGAUGGCGACAAAAGUCAUGAGAAUGCAGCACUAUCAGAUUUACAGGAGUCGGACCAAACAGCUAUGAACACUUUGGCUCUGGAUCACUCAGAAUAUGAAUCUCCACCUGAAAAUAGCGAAACGGGAAGAAAUGAGCCUCAACCAGAAAGCCAGGAAGACCCUCGAGAAGUACUUAAAAAAACAUUGGAAUUCUGCUUAUCUAGGGAGAACCUUGCUAGUGACAUGUACCUUAUAUCACAGAUGGACAGUGAUCAGUACGUGCCAAUCACCACGGUAGCUAACCUGGACCACAUCAAGAAGCUCAGCACCGACAUGGACUUGAUUGUCGAAGUGCUGAGAUCUUUACCUUUAGUCCAAGUGGAUGAGAAGGGAGAAAAAGUAAGGCCGAAUCAGAAUCGUUGUAUAGUAAUAUUGCGGGAGAUCCCUGAGUCCACCCCUGUAGAAGAAGUAGAAGCACUAUUUAAAGGAGAUAAUUUACCGAAAUUUAUAAACUGUGAAUUUGCCUAUAAUGAUAAUUGGUUUAUUACAUUUGAAACAGAAGCUGAUGCACAACAGGCUUACAAAUAUUUGCGAGAAGAAGUCAAAACUUUUCAAGGAAAACCAAUUAAGGCACGGAUAAAAGCAAAGGCAAUAGCUAUAAACACAUUUUUGCCAAAGAACGGAUUCAGACCUCUGGACAUGAGCCUUUACACGCAGCAGCGAUACACAGCUUCGUUUUACUUACCUCCAGUCUACGGCCCCCAGCAGCAGUUCCCUCUGUAUAGCCUGAUCACCCCUCAGGCGUGGUCGGCAACGCACAGCUAUCUUGAUCCACCCCUGGUAACUCCAUUUCCAAAUACUGGAUUUAUAAAUGGGUUUACGUCUCCAACCUUCAAACCCACAGCAUCUCCUCUGACUUCACUCAGACAGUAUCCUCCAAGAAGCAGGAAUCCUAGUAAGUCUCAUCUACGCCAUGCCAUUCCCAGUGCAGAGAGGGGACCCGGGCUGUUGGAAAGUCCUUCGAUAUUUAACUUCACUGCAGAUCGGCUACUCAAUGGUGUCCGGAGCCCACAAACGAGGCAGACAGGCCAACCUAGAGCACGGGUACAGAACCCUCCCACCUAUGCCAAGAGAGACAUUGGAACUGGGCGAGUGGAGCAGAGCAGUCUGGAGUCCUCUCCUGGUUUGGGGAGAGGAAGGAAAAAUUCCUUUGGUUACCGGAAGAAAAGAGAGGAGAAGUUUACAAGGAGUCAAACUCAGUCUCCAACGCCACCAAAGCCUCCGUCUCCGAGUUUCGAAUUAGGGCUGUCCAACUUCCCCCCACUGCCUGGGGCGGCAGGCCAUUUGAAGACAGAGGACUUAUUUGAAAACAGGCUAUCUAGCUUGCUAAUGGGAUCAUCAAAAGAAAGGAGCCUCAAUGCGGAUGCAAGCACGAACACUCCUCCCACAGUGACCCCCAGAGAGCCCUCAGUGCCAGCGCCCUGUACUGUGUCAGCCACCUGCGCACGCUCCCCUUCCCCUGCCCACCUCCCCGAGGAUCCCAAGGUGGUCGAGAAGCAGAGGGAAACCCCAAGUAUGGACAGACUUCCUUCUGCCCUGACUGCAACUGCGAGUAAAUCGGUGCAGGUGAACGGCGCUGCUACGGAAUUGCGAAAACCCAGCUAUGCGGAGAUUUGUCAGAGGACCAGUAGAGAGCCUCCGGCGUCCCCGUUGCAACCCCAAAAAGAACAAAAGCCAAACACUGUCGGUUGUGGGAAGGAAGAAAAGAAGCUCCCUGAGAGAGAGCCCCCUGCCCCCAAGUCCAACCCGGGACCACCCAAAGACCAGAGGAGGCCGCCAGGCCGCCGGCCUUCACCACCGGCUAUGGGGAAGCGUCCACACAGAGAACAGAGCACCCCUCCCAAGUCCCCUCAGUGAGCGCCGAGGGCUGGGAGGGCUGCGAGGAGCUGAGGUCGCCACAACUAAGCACUGUCCCACUCGGUACCGAGAAUGAGUCGCUGGUUAGGAGCUUGCAGAGUGUAGAUGAGGCCGUUGAGAUGCCUGCAAGUUAUUUUUCUUCUGUGAGUCGGAUUUUCCCCCUCUUGAAAAAAUCUAUUUUUCAGGAUUUAAUCAAUAUAAACCUUAUUUUAGGUUGGUGCUUAACUGGAGGUGAUGCAUAAGUCUGAUUUUUUUCAGGAUAGAAAAUGCAUUUAUCCUAACGAAUUGAUAUUUUUUAUUAAGCCUCCAUGUGGCUAUGAAUGCAAGCUAUAUAUAGUGAGUUUUUCUAAAUUAAGUGGAACUAUGCUACUUCAUUUUUUAAAAUAACUGGUUAGCAAGUGCAUAUCUCUAAGAUGUCCAGACCAACAGGUGAGGCUGAGGACAGUGGGAUUAAGGGCAUGAGGCAACACUAUAAGUGUAGCCUGGAGAAAGGAUGGGGUCAGAUCGAGCCACACACUGGCCUGGGAGUUGUACUUCCAUUCAGAAUCCUAACAAGAGAUUCUAGCAUUUUUUAUGGGCAUAAAAUGAGUAUAGCCCAUUUUUGAUCUACUGGGCAAAAUGAGCCUGCAGAGAGCGCCCAAGAGAGCUCUGAAACCUCGAGUUUGAUGUACUGCAAGCAGUAACCAGCUUCUCACUCCAGUCUCAAGUGGCUAGCUAUUAUGUAAGAUAAAUUAAAAGCACAGUGUGAAUAGAACUUAAAUGAAAACAUAAACUUUGUUGCCCACUGACACGUUACUGCAAAGUUGUACCCUGAUGUUGUUUUGCUCCUGAGAGCUAAUAGGGAGGAUGUGGGAACCUGCCCUGACUCCCGCAUCUCCCCCACGUUAGUCAGCUCCUUUGGGCACCUUCCCAUACCUCUGAUUCGGCACACGGACCGAGACAUUACUUAAUUGUGAGAGAAUGGUAUUUGUGGUGCCCCUUUGGUGGUGGAGGAUAAAAAUUCCCGCUCUCUUUACCUCCAAGGUGAGGGUCUCAUUGAUCCCUUCUGGAAGUGCUGCACUCUGAAGAACACGCAUGCACUAAAGCUAGCAGUUUAUAAUAAAGUUAAAUAUAAAUUAUUUUGUUUUACAAUGCCUAAAUUUUUUCUUUAAGUAUUCUAAGCAGCAGACGUUAAAAUAAGACUAUUUCCUGCUAAAUGUAACCAUACAGUUUAUUCCACAAAAUGUUAUUUAACAAGACUGAGGGGUUUUUUUAAAAAAUUAUUUCCAUCCAAUAUUUAAAGACUUGAAUUUUAUUUAAACUUGAAAAUGACUUUGCCUUAACUUUUGUAUAAGACAGCGUAGAGUUGGUGGAGACCGGCCCCUGGGUUGGCGUGAGUGGAGUACAUAGCUACUCAGUUACGUGGGAUCUACUGGCACUAGUUUUACUGAGUAAGCAUACUGUAGUAUGAGAACUAGCAGUAGUGUUUGUAAUAUACCUUGAAGAUCUUAAACAGUUGACCUUUUUCAGAUUGUUGAAAACCCUGUAAAUGCAGAUAGUCAAUACUGUAUUAAAUAUGUGCACUUGGAGUGUGUGCUUUGCCUGUACAGUUGUAAAUAAUCAGAACAUAUUAAAAAGGUACCCUAAAGAGAAAAUCUGAUAAAAAUUAUUGAUAUAUUAUAAAUGUUGCUAUUGAGCUGGAUGUAGAUAAACUAAAUGUUGUGGUUUGAAUAUUAUUUUAAUUUGUUGAGGUUUUUUCCUUUUUCUCUUAUGCCAGUGUGUUGAACUGAUUCUGCCUCUUUGCUGCUGCAAAAGGGAAAUGGAAAGUCUUAUUAAAGCCUUCAGAUGUUUUCAUGCUCUUCUUAAAAGUAUGUAAAUAUGUACUAAUCAUAGCUAAUGUGAAAGGGUUUUUGAAGUAUAAUAUUGAAAGCAGAAACUGGCAGGAUCUUCAAGUGAAAGUAAAAAAAUCAUCUACUUAAAAUCAUAAAUAACUAAGUAUGAUGUCCCCUGCCGGAGGAAAGGGCACCCUGGUGUAUUUGACCAUCUCCUUCAGAGCGGCUUUCAUCACUCAAUACCUAGAAAUACACACAGUGCUAAUAUUUUACAAGUGCUGGUAAAAGGAACAUGGGAAUUUAUUUCUUUGUGAUUGUCAGACUGCUGACUAAAAAAUCAGGAACAAUUGACCUCUUACACCCAAACUGAUGAGUACUAUACACAGAGUUGGAACGGCACGCUUGAAGCCCUAGGAAUUCAUUAAUGUUGCAGUCUUUGCUGGAGGAGGGAGCGGAUAUUGUCAGCCAUCAUCAUCCCUCAAAUCACAAACCCUGUGGAGCCGAGACACUGGUUUUUAAUAAUGACAAAUCCUUUCCCUAGAGGCGGGUGUGUGCUAAAGCCAGCUGUAGCGAUCUGCUGUUUGUUGGCAGACAGGAUGACGGUGGGCCCCUGUGUUAGCAGCCAGUCGUGUGGCGGGCGAGUGCCUGUGAGGUGCGUGGUGGAUUCUGCUGCGUCUGUGCUGCCUCAGUGUGCUGCAUUUACUGCUCCCUCAGCCAGUCUGUUGCAUCAGGAGUUGAAACCUUGCUCUGAUGUGAUUUUUAUAGCAUCCUUUUUAAUUAAGCACAGGUGAUAUGCCAAAUAGCUCUGUAAUGUCCACAAAACGACCUUUCUGACGUUGCUCUGAGAUGUCCCCUCACAGAAAGGAAUGGGAGUUCACAACAUGAAGCUGUGAUGUGGCACACGCAGACAGCAGCUCCGUCACAUGCAGGCAGUAGUGUGUGGCUUUCGUACAUUUUUAAAAAUUUAACUCUUUCCUUUCCCCCAGCAGUAUCUCAAGGUAUAGAAUCAGAUACAGCAGUCACAAAGGACAUUUUAACUUGUAAAAUUGUGUGGUGAUGCUUAUCAUCUGGAAAUAUAAGAAUAAGAAUCUGGCUUAUUUCACCAGACAUGAAUUUCAAGUAGAAUAGUUGCUUUUUAAGCGUUAGUGUCAUGAUGUUUCUGAUCAGGCCCUCCUGCACUCACAUCACUGGUUGUCACUAGCAGGUGGCAAAAGAUGUUUUAUGUUGCUGUAUUAGUCAGGAUUGCUGCAGUUUACAUUUGAAAACUGGUUCAGUUUCUCGCAAGGGCAGUGGGUGAGGAAGGUUCGUGCCUGUCUUUGUAUCUGCCGUCAGCGCAUUGUAGUUAGGGGUCCGUGUGCUUCGAAGCCUAUUACGCAGAAAGCAGCAGACAAUCGAAGACUGAAGGAGAGCCAACAGCUGCCAAUUCACAAAACAGGAGUGUAACAUGGAAGCUUUCUUGAAGGUUUUUGUUUUUGUUCUACUUUUUAUUAAGACUGGAAUCAAGCUUACAUGUAAACUAUUGGUAAUUUAAGUUUCCUUUUGUGUCAUUCAGUGUAAAACUGUCUAAUUUGAAAAAAAAUGUAGGUUAUGAAAAAUAAAGAUUUAGGCACUGUUCAA